AUGGGCGUCAUCGAUUCAGUCAAAUCUGCUCUGCACAGCGACAGCAAGUCCACUGGAACAAAUGCUUCCUCUGCCAACUCCAACAGCACCUCCGGGCUCAAGGACUCGGCAAAUUCAGGUUCACAUUCCGCCAACUCUGGAACGACCAGGGGCAGCGCCCUAUCAUCUGACGAGCCCAGCUCCACGACGACGGGCGCCUCUCGCAUGGCCAAGUCGUCCAACACGAAGCACCAAUCCGGCAAAGUGCCCAUGGACAGCGAAGGCCGUCUUGCCGAGAAUUCUGGCAAGGGCCAUACUUUCACCGAUGACGAGCGCACGAUCGACGGAUCCCAGGCAGAGUCGCACUCCCACCAGAUGCUCGCACACAAGACGCACGAGAACAUCAAGCAGCACGAGGUAGAAGAAGUCACGCGCGAGCGCCAGCACGACCGUCACAUCCACCACGUUCAGCACACGACUCAGCCCAUCUAUGACGAGCGUAACAAUGCCGAGCAACACGAGAGACGCUCUGUGCCUGUCACGCAGAUCAAGGAGGGACAUGCUACUGCCGAUGCCGACAAGGCCGCCUUUGCAGCGCAAGUGGGACAGCACUCUGACAGGACUACUCAUUCUGGUAAAGACCGUCAGGUCAUCGACAAGGGCGAGCGUCUCACCGAGAACACCCACCAUCACGUUCACAACGUCGUUCAGCCGAUCAUCGAGCGUGACGUCCACCAAAACACGCGGAUCCACACGACCAUUCCAGUAUCCCAAGAGACACACGAAGCCCCAAUUGUUCACCAGUCGCAGGAUCUCAAGCCCAUCUCUAUGAGCCAGUUCAAGUCUCAGGGCAACGAGCUCGGCAAGGGCAUGAAGCCCGAAGCGGCCGGUUCGAGCGUACUCGAUGCCGCUUCGUGCGAGCGCACCGUCGCUGGCAACGGCGAAGCGGAAGCCCAAAAGCUCCUCGGCCAUGGCACUCGUCUUGCCUAA